GGGGCAUGAAAAGAGAGUGAGUCAGGCGGCAAUCAUUCGUCUCUAUUUUUGUCACGGUUAAAAAACGCAUGGAAAAUUUAUAGUUAUUUUUGAGCGGAAAGUGAAAUGUAUUGAAGUCCACAUCCGGUUAUUUUACGGAAGGAUUAUAUAUGGUUGCAUACGAGCAAAAGAUACGUCGGAGAUCAAAUGUCGAAAAAUAAUAUUGCCAACGACCUCGUUUUGGUUUUGAACGGGUUGUUGAAGGUGGCCCGGUCUGGUGCUGUCAUACAUAAAAGUAACGUCGAAACAAUUUUGCGGAAUUCCAAUGUUAGGAAAGUCGUGGAAAAUACACCUAGUUUAUUUAUAAAUAGUGUUCCAUCGGAUUUUGAAAAUACCAUUCAACGUGCAUCCAUGAUUCCUGUGGGAAUUUCUCAAUUUGCUACAGUUGCACCAAAGUAUAUCCUCCCUGAUAGGCUGACAAAAAGACAUGAAUCAAAAAACAAAUCAGAAUCAACAAACUUUAUCCCGGACGAAGAAAUUCUAAAUAUUCGGGAGGAGGACUUGGAAGGACUUUAUAUUCAGUCAUUGGGAGUAGAAAUUUUACAACAGAAUGCGGAUGGUAAAAGAUACUGUGAAGAGGAGGAGAAAUCUAACAGUAAUAAAAAUUGUGGAGAUGAACAUCAACAAAAAGUGGGAUCUUUAAGUAAACCUAGUUCAAUUUCUAGUUCGCAUACACGAGGCGAUGAUUUAAUGAAUGCAUUAGUCGAAGAAACGUCCCGAGUACUUCAACAGGAUAAAACGAAAUCAAGGGCGCCAAUGGCUCCAAAAUUUAUGCAGUCAUCAAUAGUGGGUAAUCCCUUGCCGUCACACUUUUGUAAUGAUGACGUCCAGACGUUAUCUUCCAUUCCAAUUCAGGAGGAACAAUUAAUACCUUCGAUUACUGAAGUCGUCGCUCCAACCACCGCUCGUCCAACAAGUGAACCAAUUAAAAUGUUAAUUAAACCUUUGUCAAAGAAGAAACCAGUUUCUCAAUUGAGUGAAACCUCGAAACAAAGAAAAGUUCCUUCAACCAGGAUAAGCCGACUUGUCUCGUAUGGAGGAUUGGCUGCGGGUCUUGGUUUUGGUGCUCUUGCGGAAGUUACGAAAAGGUCACUCGGUCUUGCAAAUCCGAGCACUGACGGAUCGUCACUGUUGGACUCGAAUCCAUUUUUAACAGAAGCCAAUGCUACAAGGAUUGUAGAUACUUUAUGCAGAGUCAGAGGAGCUGCAUUAAAAAUCGGACAAAUUUUGAGCAUUCAAGAUAAUUCAAUGUUGAACCCAGAAUUACAAAAAGUAUUUGAACGUGUUAGACACGCAGCCGAUUUCAUGCCUGAUUGGCAAAUGGAAAGAAUUCUGGUAUCCGAAUUGGGUAUCGAUUGGCGAGAAAAGCUUUUGGAGUUCGAUAUCCGACCAUUUGCUGCUGCUUCGAUCGGACAAGUACAUCUUGCAAAACUACCUGAUGGGCGACCCAUUGCUGUUAAAAUUCAAUAUCCAGGCGUUGGCGAAGGAAUCAGUAGUGACAUUGACAAUCUCAUGGCGGUUUUAAGUGUUUGGAAAAUAAUACCUGAUGGUGUAUUUAUAGAUAGCAUCAUUACUGUUGCCAAACGGGAACUGUCAUGGGAAGUUGACUAUAUAAGAGAAGCUAAAUGUGCAAAACGGUUUCGAAAACUACUGGAACCACACCCUGAUUAUUACGUCCCUGAUGUUGUGGAUGCACUGACAACUAAACUUAUUUACUCGACCGAGUUAAUUGAAGGCAUUCCAGUAGACAAAUGUGAAACCUUGGAUCAAGAAACUCGUGACCGAAUAUGUUUUCUAAUGUUAGAUCUAUUUUUUCGAGAACUUUUCGAAUUUCAAUUUAUGCAGACCGAUCCAAACUGGGCAAACUUUUUAUAUAACACGGAAACGAAACAGAUUGGACUUUUAGACUUUGGAUCAUCUCGAGAAUACAAUAAUUCCUUUGUUGACAAAUACAUGAAAAUUCUGGAAGGAGCUGCAAAUGCAGACAUUGGAAAAAUUAUCCAUUACUCUAGAAAAAUUGGAUUUUUAUCUGGACACGAGUCUAAGGUGAUGGAAAAUGCUCACACGGAUGCAGUAUUGCUAUUGGGUGAAGCUUUUAGAAUCGGGGAGGAACCCUAUGACUUUGGGAAGCAGGAUAUUACUAUGCGAAUUCAAAGAUUAGUUCCCGUUAUGGUCAAGGAAAGACUGGUUCCUCCUCCUGAAGAAAUUUAUUCCUUACACAGAAAGCUAUCUGGAGUCUUUCUGCUGUGUAAUAAGCUAAAAGGGAAAGUUCGAUGCAGGCAAAUUUUUGAGCGAGUUCAGAAAAAUUAUCAAUUUGAUAGACCCGACACAGAAUCAGAAAUAUAAAGAACAGAAAUAUAUUGAUUUGGCAGACAGGGACUGCAUGACUGUAUUCAUAUUUCCUAAGUGCUAGUCAAGAAUAUAAGGCUAUUAUAAAUCCUUAAAAACAGAUACAGUGUCAUUUAUUAUAAGAUAUGAUAAGAUAUUUACUAUAAGAAAUUAAACCAUGUAUACAAGAAAUGUGAAGGUCUGGAAAAAUCAAACGCGAGGAACUAAAAUACGAUAAUCACGAUUCUAGGUUGACUUCACCCCCAUACAAUUCAAUAAACUGCAGUU